CUUUUAACAGCGUCGUGAGACACUCCUGCCAAGUCUGAAAAACGAACACAAAGUGAACCAGUUUGUCGACAGACGUUUUGGUGAGCAAGAUGAGACGCUCACGGCCGAAGAGAAAAUGCUCAAACGAUUCGCUGUGGAGAGGCAGAAACGACGUGAAAAGAGUGCCGUCUAUAACCUGGGUGACGAUGGCGCCGGUGUGGGAGGCAGUUUGGGCAACCACACGACUAUGAGUGAAGACGAAGAGGAGGAGAUGUUUCUGACCCACGGCGGACGCUCACUGGCUGAGAUCGACGACUUUGAUGAGCGAGACUUGCGACUGUCUGAUGAUGAAGAGGUCGAUGGAGACACCCGGUACAACACAGAGCUGCACUUCGGUGGCUUCGAGAAGGAGUCCGAGCGCAAGCCUGGCGACAAACCGCUCACGCGCAAAGAGAUUAUGAUGGAAGUGGUCAAGAAGUCCAAGCUGUAUAAAAUGGAGCGCCAGAAUGAAAAGAUCGAGAAUUUGGAGAAAAUCGAGGAGCUGGAUGAUUACCUGGGGGAGAUUAUGAAGGAAGGCCGACUGCACGUGCACACAGACGACACGCGCGAAGCAGAGAAGAAGGUCAACCGAGUGGACAGGGACGAUUACGAUUUGUCUGUGCGUGCAUUGGCGUAUGAGCUCAAGGCGAAGGCGACAGAUCGUCUAAAGACAGAUGAAGAAAUCGCCACAGAAGCUUUGGAAGAACUGCGCACCCUCGAGGCCAAUCGGUUGCGCCGCAUGCGUGGGGAGGCCGUGCAGGUGGACUCCAAGUCAGUCAAGAAGCACACGACGCAGAGUGCGGCUGCGGCUGCCUUGGCUCUGCAGUCUGUAGAAGACCUGGAUGGUAACCUGAUGCUGGACAAGGAUGAGAAUGAGGUGUACUAUGAGAACGGCCAGAUGAUGUACAAGGGCAAGGAGGUUGAUCUGUCGAAGGGACUGCCGAGUGCGUACGGUGGUGAAGGGGUGACAAGCAGUGAGGAGGAGGGCGAGGGCAGCGCAGAAUCAGAGGCCGAGGACUGUGCGGACGAGAGUGGUGGAGAAAGUGACGAGGAGCAAGCUACCAGCGGACAGGCGAAUGGCGAGCGUGGCAGUGAUGAAGAGGAGGGCAGCUCAGAAGGUGAGAGUGAGAUGGACAGCGAUGUGGCUGACAGCGGCGACAGCGGCGACGACGAACCCAAAGCAAAGACAAAGAAACGUCCAGCCCCACUGACGGCGAAGCAACGCAAAGAGAUCGCCGCCGCAGCAGCCAAGGAACUGCCAUACACUUACAAGAUGCCUGAGGACAUCGAGGGCUUUGCUGGGCUGCUAGCAGACCACACAGCCACUGACAUCUUGACCAUUAUCUCGCGCUUGCGAUCGUGCUACCAUGUGUCCCUGACGGCUACCAACCGAGAGGCGUUGGGCACUCUGUUUGGGUUUGUGGUGCAGUACGCCAUGGCGGUGGCGGGAGGGGACAUCGAUCCAGCGGUUGAUGCGGACAGUGACGGCGACAUGGAAGCGCAGGUGGUGGCUCUAUUGGAUGGGCUGAGCCUGUGUCUCUACGAAAUGGCCGUCAUCACACCCACAGCCGCCUGCGAAGCCUUCAGACACCAUUUGAAGCAGGCUACAGAUUAUCUCACCAGUGUGGGCAAGAAGGGGAAGGGAGGAACCAGUUCCAGGAAGCGGGUCAUUUUAGGGCCUAUUCUGUACCUGUUGAGACUUGUGAUGCUCUUGUUCCCAGUGUCAGAUCUGCAACACCCUGUGACUACGGGGGCGGCAAUGCUCAUGUCCCAGAUAUUGACUGUCGUCGUACCAAGAAAUCAGUCCGACUUGAGCAGUCAGUUGUUCUGUGCGUCUAUGCUGGGUCAGUUUGUGGCCGAGUCCCAUCGCUUUGUACCGGCAGCCGUCAACUUCAUCACAGGUGUGGUGGGUGGCUUUGCCCUAGGGAAUGACUGGUCCACAGAACUUCCAUCACCUGAAGUCGAGUCUAUAGUAGACAAUAAACCAGGAGAGGCCGAGGCUGAAGCCGAAGUCGAGGCACCCAAGAAGACGUCCAGUAAGAAGAGAAUACGCGCGCAACAGUCCAGCGCGAAGGCAGACGGUAACAGUGCACAACAGAGUGUAGAACAACCGAGUGCGAAGCGAUGUGGGGUGUGUGCGCGGUCGUACUAUGCCAUGUUGCACCCGACUGCGGCGAAGGUGCCUGGUCUACUGAAGAUGGAUGACAUUGACACGUGUCAGGAGUUGGAGAUUCAGAAAAUGGCGUUCAGGGACUUGCUAGUGCUUGGCGAUGACGAUGGAAGCUUUAGCACUGACGGGGUGAGGCUGAACACAUUAUCCGCAGCCGUGGACUUGCUGGCGCAUUUCACGACCAUAUACAGCACAUACAAGUGCUUUGACAGUCUAUUCCAGCCAGCUGCUCACCAUCUAAAGCAUAUAAUCGAACACACACAGACCCUGCCGGCUGAUUUGAAGAAUCGAGCGAUUUCUUUGGACGCCGCACUCACCAAGGAGACCGCCAACUGUGUGAUGAAUCGCGCUCAUCUGAUGCUGCAGAAGUUCAAGCCUGUUGCUCUCAGACAAUUUAACCCCAAGUUUGAGGACAGGUACAUGCAUGGCAUGAGCUUCGAUCCCGACAAGGACAGGCGCGAGAGAAAGAAGCUCAAGUACUUGCACAAGCAGGAGCUCAAGGGCGCGAAGCGAGAAUUGAAGCAGGACGCACAGUUCAUUGCCAGACAGAAGCUCAAGGACAAGAUGGAGGCCGACGAAGACAGGAGCCAAAAGGUCAAGCGGCUGUAUGGCAUCCUGCAGGACUCACAAGCAGAGGGCAACUCGCUCAAGCGCAUGAAGAAAUAGGAGACCCACGCAGCAAUAAACUUAGAAAUCCGCUAUCUGAUACUGGGUCAGGAAGGAACUUGUUUAGAUUGUCCUAGUUUUCAGAAUGAAACCCUACAAGCUACGAUAUGUCUGCC